AUGAAUUUUUGUCCAAUUCUCCUCACAAUUAUGUUUGGCCUGGCACUUGGCCUAACUCCAGCUCAAAAAUCGGCCAAAAAGUUUCUGAUUUCCAUCGCGAAACAUGCCAGUCUUCAGAAUUUCGACAUUUUGCAUCGAGAAUAUCGAAAAAUCGAUGAGAGAAGCGGGAAUUUUGUGACGAAAAGUGGGUUUUUUUUGGGUUGACAUUGCUCAUGUUAACUUUUUUUUAAAAACAUUUUUUUUACUCCAGAUGACGCAAUCCGAGAAGCUUCACGAAUCAGUGCACCGGAACUCGCCGAGCUCAAAAAUCUCUACCGAGAUCUGCUAAAUCAGGAUUGGCACGAAUUUUGGACCAACAAUUUCGCCAGAUUCACCGAAGACGGUUUUCUUUUGGUGCAAAUUUAUAACGCGGGUGGAAAAUUGGCAUCGGAAACUUUCGGAGUUCCCGAUGAUUUUAUUGAGGGCGGUUUUAAGGUCCAUCGAAUUAUUGAUUAUUGA